AUGGCGGACUCGACACUCAUAUUGCAGCGGGUGUCACGGGCCGGAAUACCUCACAUCACUUUUCAUACAUCGGCGUUGGGGGAAUGGGAAUUCGGCAUUACUAGGGAUUCACACGGGUUUUCGUCUUUCACUCAUACCUCAUCUCAUUGGCGUUGGGAAUCUGAGGCUGCGAGCUCACUGGCGGUGUGGCCAGACAAUACUGUUGUUUCUGGAGUCCGCACGAGUGCAAGGAAGGGCAAUCACAGGACCUUGAACCGGCAUUGCAGCUUGGCUCUCACUGAGUUCUUUCUCAUUAGGUUAGGAGGUCUAUCGGGGGAUGGCAACGGGCGAACAUGGCCGUCCGUUGAACACGAAGGAUGA